AUGAGUGCUGCUAUUAUUGUGGAAUACAGCCCGGGCAUCUAUGGAGGUCUUUGGAUUGUCUUUGCCAUUUUGCAGGGUAUUUUGACCUUAGCUCUCCACUGCGCGGACCUCAUCAUCGCCGUCAGCCGGGACGAAGAAACCUGGCGCCGAUGUUAUGCGCAAACUAUGAGGGGGAAAAACCUGCGACCAAACGCGCCGAUUCGUGCCGCGACCAGCCGGCUUGCUGUUAUGCUGUUUCUUCUGAAGGUUGUCCUACAUUGGCUCUUCGGGAAUGCCAUUUCGUAUGCGUACAAUUGGGGUGUUUUUCUGCGGCCUCCACCACUCCUCUAUCUUAGCAUUGGUUCGUUUCUCUUGAGUGCUUUUGUGACUUACGUUUGUUUUCGGCGGCCUGGGGGUGAGCAACCCGCUACCUUUGGACAUAUCCAGACAUUGAUUAACCUAAUUGAUGUAUGGCAUCUCGAGCUGUUUUGGGAAGAUAAAGGGGCAGCAGAAGACGGGCCCGAGGGAGUCAGACAUGCAGGAACUGCCUCUCGGCCCCUAGAAGAAGUAAUAAAAAGUCAAUUGUACGAGUAG